ACUUUGGCAUUCACCCGGAAAUUGUUAUUUACUUUAAUAAACAGAAUUUAAGCAGCUGCGUAUUAAAACAUUUAAUUAUAAUUCUAUAGCGUUACUAAAACAAGGACAUUGCCAUGGGCUUUUUGACAGUAUUAAAAAAGAUGCGACAGAAGGAGAAGGAAAUGCGCAUACUGCUGCUAGGUCUGGAUAAUGCCGGCAAGACCACAAUCCUGAAGCGUUUUAAUGGCGAGCCCAUAGACACCAUCUCACCCACACUGGGAUUCAACAUAAAAACCUUGGAGCACAAUGGCUACACCCUGAAUAUGUGGGAUGUGGGUGGCCAGAAGUCAUUGAGAUCUUACUGGAGGAACUACUUCGAGUGUACUGAUGGUCUGGUUUGGGUGGUAGACAGUGCCGACAGGAUGCGUCUAGAGUCCUGCGGUCAGGAGCUGCAAGUUCUGCUCCAGGAAGAGCGACUAGCAGGAGCCACACUCCUGGUUCUGUGCAACAAACAGGAUCUACCAGGAGCCCUCUCAUCAAAUGAAAUUAAAGAGAUCCUACACCUAGAGGAUAUCACCACACAUCAUUGGCUGGUGGCCGGAGUUAGUGCAGUGACCGGCGAGAAGCUGCUAAGCUCCAUGGACUGGUUGAUCGCCGAUAUAGCUAAGCGUAUAUUCACUUUGGAUUAAAUACAACUUAUUACUUUCUUAUUUUUCGACUAA